CUAUCCAAUGCUUUAGUGAUGAUGCUGCUGAUCUAUUUGGGAAGUUGGCUGGCUCUCAAGGCAGAGUCUCUUCUCAAAGGCUGUUUCACAGUGAAAAUAUGCUCAGUGCAGCCGAGUGCAUGAAUGAAAAAGCCUCUGGUACCUUCUAGUCUGGCAAAAUGCAGCACAAAACUCAACUUACUCUGUCUUUUCUGCUGUCCCAGGUUCUGCUGCUUGCAUGUGCAGAAGAUUUAGAAUGUGUCCCUGGAUUCCAGCAGAAGAUUUUUUAUAUAGAAAAGCCAUUUAAAUUCAGAGAGGACCAGCUGAUUCUGAACCUGAAAUUUGAUGACUGCCAGGGGAACAACAAAUUGAACUUUGAAGUUUCUAACCCAGACUUUAGAGUGGAACUCGAUGGGAAUUUGGUUGCACUCAAGAAUGCAUCAGAAGUUGGCAGAGCCUUGUUUGUGCACGCGCGGUCGGAGCACGCCGAGGAUAUGGCAGAAAUCUUUAUCCUUGAAGAAAAUGAAAAACGUGGGGCAUUAAAGGAAAUCUUAAAACUAGAAGGCAGCCUUGGAAUUCCAAGACAAAAAAGGGCUAUUUUGGCAACUCCAAUACUAAUUCCGGAAAAUCAAAGACCUCCAUUCCCCAGAUUAGUUGGCAAGGUCAUCAGAAGUGAAGGGACAGAGGGAGUGAAGUUUCGCCUCUCUGGGAAGGGAGUAGAUCAAGACCCAAAAGGAAUUUUUAGAAUCAAUGAGAUGAACGGGGAGGUCUCGGUGACCCGAACCCUCGAUCGAGAAGCGAUCGCCAAUUACGAGCUGGAGGUGGAGGUGGUGGAUAUGAACGGGAAGACCUUGGACGGGCCGGUGCGCUUGGACGUCUCGGUCAUCGACCAGAACGACAACAGGCCCAUGUUCAAGGAGGGCCCCUACGUUGGGCACGUCAUGGAGGGAUCUGCCACAGGUGAGUGCCAGCCACCCACAGCUCAGGAAAUCAUUGUGGUUGCAGGGAGGAGUGAUCAACCUGACUCCAUGUUUGCAGAAGGCUAA